AGUCACGCGAGAAGGUACACAAGCCACAAUAAGUUUUGGUGAUCGUGGUUUAAACAUAUCUGGAAAAAAAUUUAAAAAAUAUAUCAUUAAUUUGUCGAAAUGAAUUUACAAAAGUUACUUGUUUUUAUAAAUAUAAAAUUAAUAUUAUUUUUUUAUAACAUUUGUUUGAUAAAUUCACAAAGAACAAUUUCUAGACAAGGAGUUUCAAAAGAACCACCAACAGUUAAAAUUCCAGAUCAAGGAAUUUUACUUGGAAGAGAGAUUCCACUUGCAAGACCACAAAAGGUGACAGUUUAUUUGGGAAUACCUUAUGCUCAUCCACCAAUUAAAGAGCUACGUUUUUCUGCUCCAGUAACAAAUCCACCAGUAACAUGGAAUGGUAUUAAAAAUGCAACAAAGUUUUCACCAUCAUGUAUGCAAUUAACUGGUAACUGGAAGCUGGCUGAAAAACUUUACAGACAAUUAUUAGCUGAUGAUGUUGUUGAUCCAGGAGUCAGUGAGGAUUGUUUAUAUUUGAAUCUUUUUGUACCUGAUGGUACUCCACCGGUUGAUGGAUGGCCGGUAAUGGUGUGGUUUCAUAGUGGGGAUUUUAACACUGGAACACCGGCAAUUUGGGAUGCAACUAUUUUUGUUAAUAAGCAAAAGAUAUUAGUGGUAACAGUGGCAUAUAGAUUAAAUAUAUUUGGAUUUUUUACAAGUACAGAUAGUGAAGCACCAGGAAAUUAUGGUAUGCUUGAUCAAGUAGCAUCAUUAGAUUGGAUUAAAAAAAAUAUCAAAUUAUUUGAUGGUUCAUCAGAUAAUGUUGCAAUUGCUGGUCAUAGUUCUGGUGCAAUAAGUGUUGGUCUUCAUAUACUUAGCCCCCUGAGUAAGGGUAAAUUUAAAAAAGCAAUAUUAAUGAGUGGUGAUGCAAUUGAAGUCGUAAGAACACCAGAAUUAGAAAAACCAAUUGUUGAACAAAUUGCAAAUAAAUUUGGUUGUGAUUUAACACCAAAAUCAAGACUAAUGGAAUGUUUAAGAAAUGUUAAAGAUGAUAUAUUAUUAAAUUAUACAUCAUACAUUGAAAGUUGGGGUCCAAUUGUUGAUGGUGAAAUAAAUAAUUCAUCAUUAACAACAUUUUUACCAAUGGAUCCAAAGGAUAUAUUAAUAAAUGGUGAUUUUAAUGGUGUACCAAUAAUGGCUGGUUAUACAAAUAAUGAACAAGUACUUGCGUUUAUGGAAAUAACCAAUUACAAUGAAAUGGAUGAUAAAUGGACAUCAAUAAAAUUUGAAGAAAUGAUGAUUGAUGAUAUACGUUCAUCAAUUCAUCAGUAUGAUGAUAAUACAACAUGUGAAAUUAAAACACAGCUUAUAACAGAUGCUGUAUUAUUUUUUUAUAGACCUUAUCCAUUGACUGAUAAUUCAACAAUAUUUCGUGAUCGUUAUCUUGAUUUACAUACUGAAAAAACAUAUGCUGCUGGUUUAACAUUUCUCGCUGAAAAAAUAUCAAAAUUAAAUGACGCAUAUGUUUAUCGUUUUGAUUAUAGACCAAGAACAAUAAGUGUAACACAAAAUUUACCUGAAUGGGCUGGUGUACCACAUAUGUUUGAAUUACCAUUUGUUUGGGGUUUACCACAUUUUUUUCCAAAUAAAAUAUUAUGGAAUGGUAGUGAUAAAAAUCUUGCUGAUGUUAUGAUGAUGAUGAUUGGUAAUUUUUUAAGAACAUCAAGUCCAACACUGCACAAUGUUAGAUGGGAAAAAUAUACUGAAAAAUCACCUGGGAUAUUAAUUAUUAAUAGAACAAUUAGUAUGAGUGAUGUUAAUGAUAUUGAUUAUCGUGCAUUAGCAUUUUGGAAUUAUUAUUAUCCAAAAAUUAUUGAUGAAGCUGUUAAUAAUUGUUGUAAUACAACUAUUGAAAAUUCAUCAACAAAUUAUCAUCAAAUAAUAACAAAUUAUUUUUAUAUUACAAUUUGUUUUGUUUGCUUGACGAUUCAUAUUAUUUUUUAAAUGACAUUUGAUUUUUUUUUUUUAAUAUUUCAUAAAUUGAAUAUGCACUAUAAUAUAUUUCCAGUUAUCACGGUUAAAUAUUUAACUGAAAAAUUGCAAAUUAAUUAUUUUUAAGUAAAUAUAUAUUAUAAAUAAAAUAAUACUAUAGUUCAGGGAAAUGAAACAAGUGAUAUUUUUAAUAGAAACAAUUACCAUCAGUAUAAACAAGUUGUCGUUAUUUUUCUUUCUCUUAAAAAGUAAAACAAAAAAACAAUAAAAAACAAUAAAAAACCAAAAAAGGGUGGAGAGAAGUCGGAAUAAAUUUUAGGUGGAGAAAGGUUGGAGAAAAGUCGGAAUAAAUUUUAGGUGGAGAAAGGUUGGAGAAAUUUGUCCGCCAUUUCUCCAACCAUGGCUCAUUUUCGGAAAAAGGUGGGAAAAAGUGGAGAAAAGGCGGAGAAAACUUUCCACGAGGGGUCACCUAUUGCUUAUUUUAUUGGUGGAUCAUAUCUGGAUACUUUAGUUUGACAUGCUGAAUGACUUUUACGAAACGUAGAUUUUGAUAUGUACAAUUAUCAUGAGGACAAUAAAAAUGUCUCCGUAAUUUUUAUCCAAGUGUGUUUGUUUUGAUGUUCAAUCAAAGAGUCAACAUCUGAACAUUUUGUGUAGGACUUGAUACAAUUUAAUCCUGCGUCGUGACGAUAAGAAUACGCGGAGAAACAUGUGAAAAAAAUAAUUUUACCGCACGGAGAAAUUCUUCCGAAAUCAACGACGAGGAGAAAACUUUUUCACUCA